AUGUUGACGAUUUGCAGGAUCUUUGUAUUAUAUUUCAUUAUUGAAUUAAUAUCAUCUCAGACGGGACUUGUUCCAGUAAACCAUGGUCCCAAAGAUGUAUCCAUUCAAACUAAUCCUGAUGAAGAUAUAGAUCCACGUCCUAUCGUAUUAGAAUUAAAACAUGAGGUUACCAAAUUAAAAGAAGCCCUUGAUACUUUAGUCAAUAAAAUAAACGCUAUACCACCUUCAAGUAUAGCAACUAAAUACAAUCAUAAUGGAUUAUUGUCUAGUAUAUGUAUUAUACUUAUAGAGUAUAGUACAUUAAUCAAUAAAUCUAUAAAUGAUCACUUAGAAACUAAACAAUCAAUAUCGAAUUUAAAAAAUCAAAAACAAAAUACACUUUUAGUUCCUUUUAUUGAUUUAAAUGAGAAUAGUUAUCAAUAUUCAUCGAUUAAAAAUUUAUCGAAUAGUCCUCCUCCCCCUCUUCCUCCUCCUCCUCCUCCUACUACUACCAUGACAACUAAUUCAUCAUUAUAUCAUAGAAAUAAUAGUAGUAUUGAUAAUAAUCAAAAAUAUUUAUUAAUGAACGAAGAACAGUAUUUCAAUUAUUCAAUCCUAUAA